UCUAGCUUGCUAGGCAACGAUGGGGCACACAAAGGCAGCAGUGCUAGUGGUGGUGCUCGCCGUCGCUGUGCUUGGGCUUGCCACCGAUGGCCAGGCGCAGCUGCAGAACGGGUUCUACACGGGCAAGUGCCGCGGCAACGACGUGGAGGCGGUGGUCCGGGGUAUCGUCAAGGCCCGCUUCUCCCAGGACAACGCCAUCGUCGCCCACCUCCUACGCUUGCUGUUCCACGAAUGCGGCGUCAAUGGCUGCGACGGCGGGCUGCUGAUCGACGGCCCCGGCACAGAAAAGACGGCAAACCCGAACCUGAGCGUGAAGGGCUACGACCUCAUCGCCACCAUCAAGAUGGAACUCGAGAAGCGGUGCCCGGGCGUCGUAUCCUGCUCCGACAUCGAGAUCCUCGCAACCAGGGACGCGGUGAAUGCGUCCACGGGACAAGGAUACGCGGUGCGCACCGGGCGCAGGGACCGCCGGCGGUCCAUAGCCACCGACGUGAAACUUCCGGGGCCAGAUUUCACGGUUCCGCAGGCAGCCGCUUUCUUCCGCACGCUCGGUCUCAGCUCGGACGACAUGGUCGUUCUGCUGGGCGCACACACGGUUGGCGUCACGCACUGCGGCAUGAUCAAGAAGAGCCGUCUUUAUAGCUAUGGCGGCAAGGCCGGUGCAACGGACCCGAGCAUGGACCCGGAGCUAGCGUCCACCUACAAGACAUAUGUGUGCCCCAACACGGCGUCCUCCGACAACAACAUCGUGUUCCUAGACGACCGGUCCAGCGCGUCCAAGCUGGACAACAGCUUCUACAAGAUGCUGCAGCGCCGCCGCGGCGCGCUCAUGGUCGACCAGAACCUCUACACCGACGGCUCCACGCGCUGGAUGGUCGACAGGCUCGCCAACACUGACCACUUCCGCUGGCUCUUCCCGCAGGCUCUCGCCAAGCUGGGGGAGGUCAACGUGCUUACCGGCACACAGGGAGAGGUCCGCAGGGUCUGCAGCAGGUUCAACUGA